ACGAGACCGUUGUGACAACGGUCGAAACGGUGGCGCCGGACUCUUUCGCUGUUUAUUGUUUUCUGCUGUUAAAGAUGGAAGAUUUUGAUCGACCCCAAAGAAGCCGACAGGCAGAAGCUUCCAAGGCUUUUCUAAUGAAGAACAGCUCAAACAGCAAUAUGAAUCUCUAUGAUCAUCUGACACAUCUACUUACCAAAGUGAUGGAUGAGCAUCCCAACAAUGCAGUGGAUGUCUUUGAGGAAAUGAGCUAUGAAGUAAAACGAGCUUCACUGAACAGCAUGCAGAGCAACUUGCGAGAUCUUCCACAACUGACAGCUACUGAGCUGCUGGCAGAGCAGCAAAGGUCAUUGUUUUUACAGUCAGACAAUGAACCCCUUGAUGAUGAAACGGGAAAACCUGUUCUUCCUAAUGUGAAUGAGAUCAGUUUCUAUCUGGAGCAGGCUGAAGUGGGUUUGGGAAGAGAGGAGAUGCAGAGGAUUUUCCUUGCACUGAAAAAACUUGUUGAUUCAGAGCGACUGACACAUUGCCGGUUCUGGGGAAAAAUCUUGGGGAUAGAGAACAACUACAUUGUUGCAGAGGCGGAGAACAGAGGGGGAGAAGAGAAGGACCACUAUACCAUUGAAGAUGAACUUAAGGAACAGAUAAAGGGGCCUGAAAGUCUGGAGAAAGAACCAUUUGAGGGAUUUCCACUUCCUUAUUCAGCUUAUAAACCCCAGCAUGAGGUACCAAAGGAAGCCAUUGGAAUAGGUGCUAACAAAUUUGCUUACUAUGUGUGCAAAGAACCAGGUCUUCCUUGGGUAAAGCUCCCUUCAGUUACUCCUGCACAGAUCACCAUUGCUCGCCAGAUCCGCAAAUUCUUUACCGGAAAUCUGGACAAAUCGGUUGUAAGCUACCCACCUUUCCCUGGAAAUGAGGCCAAUUAUCUGAGAGCACAGAUUGCUCGGAUCUCUGCUGCCACACAGGUCAGCCCCUAUGGCUCCUACCAAACUGUCGGGGAUGAGGGUGAAGAGGAACAGGAGCUAUAUUGGGCUAGCAUUGAGGUCAAUCCUGAUUUUGAGGGCGUUCCAGUACAUGAACUGGCAGAAUCAUUGAAAGUAUGGGUACAUCAUCGCCAACACAUCUUGCAACAGGGCCGCUGUACCUGGGAGAACAUGGCUGAAAAAACUGGUGAAGACACUAAUGAGGAGACAGAAGAUGAGAGGGAAGAAGAGCUUGAUGAGCCUGAGCCAGAAGUUGGACCUCGUCUGCUGAAUCCUCUGUCUCUAGAUGCAGAAAUGUUUAAUAUGCCUCCAUGGAGCUCCAGGUUGUCCUCCCAUCUAACUCCUGAGCAUGCAAUAGCUGUGCUGCGUUCUAACCUCUGGCCAGGAGCGUUUGCUUAUUCGUCUGGAAAGAAGUUUGAAAACAUAUAUAUUGGAUGGGGCCUGAAGUAUAUAGGAGAGGUGUACAGUCCACCCAUUCCCCCACUACCACAGAAAGAAUAUCCUGAUGGACCAGAGAUUACAGAGGCCCUGGAUCCAACUCCAGAGGAAGAGCUGGAUUUCAAAGACAAUUUGGAAGAACAGCAAGCUGCCCUGGAAGAGUCAGAGGAGUCAGAGGAGUCUGAAGAAGAUGACAACUAAUAAUAUGUUAUCUGAAUGUAUAUUUGAAUCUGACCCUAAAGGUUAGGUCCAUCAGAGUUCCUGGUUUAGUUUCUAAUUAAUAGGUUUUGGAAAUGUUGAUGCAAUAUAUGCAAGUGCACAAGUUCCCUGAAAAUAGUUAAAAUGAGAAACUGCUUUAUUAAUAUGAUAUAAGGGCAUAAAGCUAAUUCAUAUUUUGCUCCUUUACUGUACAUAUUUGAAGAGAUCAGCUUGAGAAGAGACAAGACAAAAAUAUCUGAUUUUAUGUUUUGUUUUCUAGCCUCAGCAUUUAGGAUGAAUUCCCUUGUGUGUGUUUUAUGUCUUCUCUGCUCAUAGCUGGAGGUGUAAGCUUUCAUUAAUAAAGUUAUACAGUCAUAAA